CCUUAAGGCAAAUGUAAUGAGCGAACUGGAUGCAGUGAUUUGCAAACAUCUACAUGCUUGGGCUAGACAUGGAAUUGUGGACUUGAAAGAAGUAACCUCAAAUAUGUUAUUUGACUAUGCUGCUAAGCAGUUGAUGAGUUAUGAUGAGUCAAAGACACUCUUGAAAUUGGCAGAGAAUUUCAAAGCUUUUAUCUAUGGUCUUCUCUCUUUUCCUCUUGAUAUCCUUGGCACUGCAUACCAUGCUUGUCUCCAGGGACGUAAAAAUGCUACAAAGAUAAUUGCGGAUAUCUACAACGAUAGGAAAACAUCAAAGAUUCAUCGUGGUGAUUUCUUGGAUCAUUUGCUUGAGGAAGUGGAGAGUGAAAAGUCUUUUUUGAAUGAAUCAUCUGCCAUUGACUUGGUCUUGGUGCUUCUGUUUGCUUAUCAUGAAACUACUUCGACAACCUUAAUAUUACUACCAAAGUUUAUCUCUGAUCAUCCAGACGUGCUGGCUGAACUAACGAAAGAGCACGAGGAAAUUCUGAAAAACCGUGAUGAUGAGAUAUCUGUUAAUACAAGCUUGGAUAAUUUUUCCACACGCAAUCCUCACUUGGGUCUCCAUCCCGGAGUCCCCUAUCUGAGUGUCCCUAAAGACCGCGACCGUUUAAAUCGCAGCCUUGGAAGAAUUGGCUGA